AACCUGUCUGUCUGGCUGCUUUGAAUUCUUAACAGCCAACAUCAUUUUAAGUGCAGCUGAAACUGGGGGUUUUGCCACCUCAUUGCUGUGAAUCAGAUGGAAAGUUCUACAGGACCUGUUUUACCAGUCUUUAGCUCCACCUAUCCCAGCUUUUAAAAGUAAGUGAGUUUUCAAAACUUAUACCGUCUCCAGGGACUCCAGGGAAUUUACCUACUCCUACUCCAGCCAUGGCCACAUCCAGCUGCCAUCAAGAGGAGUUUUCCUGCCCUGUAUGUUUGGAAAUACUGAAUGACCCUGCUACGAUUCCUUGUGGUCAUACUUACUGCAUGAAAUGCAUCCAGAAGCACUGGGAUAAAUCUGCUGCCAAAGGUAUCUACUCCUGUCCACAGUGCAGGCAGGUCUUCAAACCCAGGCCCGUUCUGGGCAGGAAUAACAUGCUGAUGGAAGCUAUGAAGAAACUGAGAGUGCAGGAGCAGGAAAGGCCUCCUGCUUGUACUUCUGACGCUCCAUCAGGUGCUUCAGGAUCUACAUCCACAGAUCCUUCUCCUCAACCAGCAUGUCCCAGGCCUGAUGGAGCUGAAGAAGCUUUAGAAGGUGUUCCAGCUCAGGCGGGAUUAUAUCCUCAGCUGCCUUCUACCUCCCUCAAUUUGUGUCCAGUACAUCAGCAGGUCCUUGAGCUGUACUGCUGCGAUGAUAAAGAGAGUGUGUGUGAUGAGUGUAGCCUCCUGGGACAUAAGGGUCAUCGAGUGGUCCUUCCAGAUGAGGAAAAACAGGAGAAACAGCAAGAGCUGGGACAGAAGAAGGAAAUGAUAGAAAAAAAUAUGCAAACCAGAGUGAAGGUCAUUCAGAUGCUACCACAGGUUUUUCAAGCUCACAAGAAUGUUGUCCAGGGUCUGCAGAGGGACAGCAUGGGACUGUUUGCUGAUGUACUGAAGACAGUAGAGUUAAUGAACUCCCAGGUCAUGGAACUCUUUCAAACCUAUGAAGCCUCUUCUUUCAAUCACAUAGAGGCCCACCGCUUUAGGCUGCAUCAAGAGAUCAGCAAACUAAACAAACAACAAGAGGAACUGAACAGCUUAGCCAACACUCAGGACUCCAUUCAAUUCCUGAAUGCAUUUCUUGCAAUAUCUGGUGCUGACCAGCUUGGAAAUGCAGAGCUGGAGAUUUCCCCUCCAGAAGCAGUGGAUGUUUGGAUCAGAUCAGCUCUUGGUGUUUUCCAAGAGGAGUUGAAUGACCUUUGUAAACGUAGCCUUGCCAAUGUCUUCAGAUGUGUGAAUGAUGCAGGAGCAAUGGCACCAGCAGUCAGACAGGCAGGCCCUGCUCCAAGUAUCUUGCUGGCUGCUUCACAAACACCAGUAAAUGAUGCAGGAGCAAUCGCACCAGCAGCCAGUAUUCAGAGAGCAGAAGCAGGCCCAGUACCAAGCACCUUACAAAUUGGCUCACAAAUAACAGCUCCUCAACAGACACCUGCAUCGAGCAACACUGACACUAAAGCUAAAGACACAACACCUCAUUCCUCAACACCUCAGCCUCCUCCAGCUGCUGCUGCUGCUGCUGCUGCAAAGCCAGCAGUGAAGGUAGCAGCCGCCUUCAGUGAAGAAAACCCAGCACCUAAAACCAGGGAUGAAAUGAUUAAAUACCGCUUUGAGCCCACACUGGAUCCCAACAGUGCUUAUCGUCAUAUCCGUUUGUCUGAUGGGGAUCGCAAGGCCACUCUCCGUGCUGAGAAUCAGAACUACCCAGAGCACGCUGAUCGCUUCCUCUUCUGGAGGCAGGUGAUGUGUCGGGAACCUAUGGCAGGCAGCCCUUACUACUGGGAGGUGGAAUGGACAGGACAGAAGGUCACCAUUGGUGUGGCAUAUAAAGAAAUGCCGCGCUCCCCGUCGGACGACAGCUCCAGACUGGGCCACAAUGAGCAGUCCUGGACCCUGUACUGGUCAGGCACUGCCUUCUCUCUGUGGCAUGCUGGGAAGGAAACCACACUGGCUGCUCCUAAAAGCCGUAAGAUUGGAGUCUAUCUAGACCAGCAGGCAGGCUUGCUGGCCUUCUACAGGGUCUCUCACAACCAGGCCCACCUGAUCUGCUGUGUAGAAACGGAAUUCAGUGCAGCUGUCUACCCCAGCUUCCGCUUCUGGUCUGGGGUGGGAUCCACCUUCACUGUUUGCCAGCUAGAAUAAAGGUUGCAGGAAACUGAAGACAGGCUAUUCUAACACUUCUAAUGUCUGUAUUUUUCCCAUUUUUAUUUUAAAUAUGUAAAUUAUUUUGUUUGUUUUUUUGUUUAUUUUCUCAGACUUUUCAAUAAAACAUAUUAGUAAAUGA